AUGACAACUAGUAAAGCAAAGAUGACAUUUAAAGGAGCAGCUUCAUCGAUUAGAGAUGGUGUUGGAUUGUAUUUUGGUGUAUUGAAUGCACAAAAUCAAAAUCAACAACAACAGAUGGGCGACGAUAAUAAUGGUAUGAAUAAUAAUCAACACCAUGGAGACACUGGUUCACCAACAAACGAGGAACCGUAUUGGAUGAAAGAUAGUUUUUGGGAAAAACAACACCCACGAAACGAUGUUGAAAUGCAUCCAUAUCCUGAUGCACCCCCUUCCUACGCAUCACAUGCUUUCCAACAACAACAAAUGCAACAACAACAAAUGCAAUAUCAACCGCAACAACCUGGAUUACAACCACCACCAGCAAUGUUGGAUUACUAUCCACCCAAUGUAUACGUAUCGGAUGGUGAUGAAUCAUUGAGAGGUCGUGGAAGAGGUAGAGGAAGAGGUAGAGGAAGAGGUGCUGCAGCUAGUCAAGGUCGUGAACACACCUCAACAGAGAUGGGUCCUGUUUCAGGUAGUGGCGGUGUAGUACCACCCUCGACACCAUCAGCACAGCACUCACACCAUACUAGUAUGGGUAAAGGUGGAAAAGGGUCACACCCAUCAAGACAAUCGAAUCUGUCUCGUGGUAUUUCAUCGUAUGCGCUCAAAAAUGAAGCCGAUGGUAUGGGACCACCACCAGCACCACCCCAACAAUACACACCCUACUUUAUCAUACUCGUAUCGAUCAUUGACACUUGUCUAUUGAUUUGGGAGAUUGUAUUGAAUGGUGGAUUCGAGCCGUGGAAGACUAACCCUUGGUUUGGUCCAUCUGCCUCGACUCUGCUCAAUGUCGGUGCAAAGUAUGCACCACUGAUUCUAUACGGUGAAUGGUGGCGUUUCUUUUCACCCAUCUUUCUACAUGUUGGUAUUUUCCAUUUACUCAUGAAUCUUGGUACACAGCUACGUAUUGGUAUGCAACUUGAACGUUCCUAUGGUGCUCAUCGUAUCGUUCCCAUCUACCUACUCUGUGGUGUUAUGGGUAAUCUUUGUAGUUCCAUCUUUCUCCCACUAUCCGUGCAAGUCGGUGCUUCGGGAUCUAUCUUUGGGUUCCUCGGUGUAUUGCUCGCCGAUUUGGCACGUAAUUGGAGUGCACUCGCCUCGCCAUACCUCAACUGCUGCUCACUCGUCUUUACGAUCAUCACUUCAUUUGCCGUCGGUCUCUUUUUGCCAGGUGUCGACAACUUUGCUCAUUUUGGUGGUUUUGUUAUGGGUAUCUUGACAGGUCUUAUCUUUUUGCCAUCACUCACCCCUAAAAAGGCCGUUGGCAAGCGUCUCUGUCUCAUCAUCAUUGCCAUCCCCAUCACAGUAGCCGCUUUCAUUGCCCUCUUUGUUGUAUUCUACCGUCAAAUCGAUACCAAAGAUUGGUGUCCAGGUUGUAAAUACAUUACUUGUCUUGAAGUUUUACCUUGGUGUAAAGUUUCAAGUACUUAA